ACCGCUGCCCUAAGGUGGACAAAAGGAAGUAUAGGAAGUACCGGAAGUACAGGAAAUAUGUUCCGCUGAUGACAGCUGUCGUAGAUUAAAUAUAUCAAUUAUAAGCAAAAUAAGAUAUAAUAAUCAAAAUAUAUUCAAAAAGAAAUAAUAACCAGUUGUUGCGUGAACUGAAUCAAAUUUCUAUUAAAUUGUGUGUGAUAUUGUUAGAAAGGAGAGCAAUGAUUUGUCAAUUUAUAUAUAGUUAGAUUCAUUGAAUCACAAGAAAGAUUUAUAACUGAGCGAUUUGGUGCGAUUUCAAGACAAGGUUAAAUGCUUUCAGAUCAAUACUUUAUGUAAGCUGAACAUUUUAAAAAGAAGGAUAAGAUACAGUGCACUAUGGCAACUGCUCUUCCUACUGUUACAGUAGAAACUGCGAAAGCUAUACUGACAGAUAUUCUGAAAGCAUUGAAUACACCGAAAAACUUGGAGAAGCUCACAGAAGCUAAUGAGAAAUCUGGUAAUGAGAUGUUGAAGAAAAUGCAGUUUGUAUUUCCAUUAGUAAUAGAGAUUCAGAUUGAUGUUAUCAAAAAUUAUGGAUUCCCAGAAGGAAGAGAAGGAGCUGUACAGUUUGCACAGAUGAUCAGAGCUUUUGAGAGAGAAGAUCCUGAGGUAGCACAAUUACAUAACCAGGUUCGUUCAUAUUUUCUACCACCAGUUUCGAUAGAUAUUCCAAGUGAAGCAUUUCUUUAAAAGUAAAUUUACUAUACAUAUAUAAAUUAUAUUUUGUAGUUCAUAUAUACACCAUUUUUUAUUUUAAGACUGUCUUAAACAUAUAAGAACAAUUUAUACAACUUAAAAAAAAUUAACGUACGUGUAUUAUGAAAAUAAAUGUGUUUUAUAUA